AUGGUCAGAACAUUGAAAAGUUCUAUCGACACAAGUCAAAGUUCACAGUUAGAAACGGAAUUAAACAAGUUUGUUUACGCAUACAACUACACACCCAGUGAUGCGGUACCAGAUCAUAAGUCUCCGGCAGAAAUAUUCUUUGAACCUAAUCUAAAUCUUACUUCUCAGCAGAAGCAAAUGAAACAGCAAUUCGACGCUCAUCAUGGCGCAAGGCCACGUUCAUUUGUUUUAGGUCAAUCGGUACUAAUUCAAUUCUCCAAUGGACAGCGUAUUCCUGGAAAAAUUGUUAGGCUGAUAGGGAAAGCACUCGCUCGCGUCAGCUUUGAAGGAGGAUUCAUUACUAGACAUUUCAAUCAAAUAUGGAAUCGUCCAAAGAGACAGGAAAAGAAAUCCAAUACGAUUAGCGAAGAUCUACUAUCCUCCGGAAAAGAAUCAGCACGGAUUCAACCAGAUCCAGUACUUCACACUUCGCUAGGAGAAAGAGAGGAGGCAGAAUCUCUCAACAACGGGGCCACACAACCUCCAGUAGCAGCAGCUCGUCGUUCUGAACGUCUUCGCAUCGAAUUCGAUCAGAUUACAAGGCAUUGGGAGGAACUCGCCCCUACCGAGGACAGCAUUCUUAAGCAAGGGAGGAAUGUUGG